GUCGGCGGCGCGGCGCGGGGCGGGCGGCGCUCCCCGCCAGCGCAGCGGCAUGAAGGAGCCGUCGCUGCCCGGCACCUCGCUGCAGCGGGCCUGCCGCCUCCUCGUCGCUUUCUGUGCCCUCCACCUCUCGGCCACGCUGCUCUACUACCUGGCGGGCAGCGCCCUGGGGCCGCCGGGCAGUCCNGAGCCCGGGGGGUUCCCGGGGCGCCCCGAGCAGGCGGCGCUCCCGCCCCGCGUCCCGCCCGCCCGGGCGGCUCCAGGAACCGGAUCCGCGGGCUCCGCAGAGCCGCCGCCGCCGCCGGGCCCCUGCCCCGAGCCCUCGCCGCUGCUCGUUGGUGCACUACGCGUGGAGUUUUCCCAGCCCAUAAACCUGGAAGAAGUGGCAAGAAUAAACCCUGAGGUCAAAGCAGGAGGUCGUUUUGCCCCAAAGGACUGUAUAGCACUUCAGAAAGUAGCCAUAAUCAUACCAUUCAGGAAUCGAGAGGAGCACCUGAAGUACUGGCUCUACUACCUGCACCCAGUUCUCCAAAGGCAGCAGCUAGAUUAUGGAGUAUAUGUUAUCAACCAGGAUGGAGAAGAAGAAUUUAACCGUGCUAAACUGCUGAAUAUUGGAUUCGCAGAGGCUCUGAAAGAGUAUGACUAUGAUUGCUUCGUGUUUAGUGAUGUAGACCUCAUUCCAAUGGAUGACAGGAACACCUACAAAUGUUACAGCCAGCCACGGCACCUCUCUGUAUCCAUGGAUAAAUUUGGAUUUCGGUUGCCUUACAAUCAGUAUUUUGGAGGCGUGUCUGCCUUAAGCAAAGAGCAGUUCACAAAGAUCAAUGGGUUCCCAAACAAUUACUGGGGCUGGGGAGGUGAAGAUGAUGACAUUUAUAACAGGCUGGUGUUUAAAGGCAUGGGAAUAUCGCGUCCGGAUGCGGUCAUUGGGAAGUGCAGAAUGAUCCGGCAUUCCCGGGACAGGAAGAACGAACCCAACCCCGAAAGGUUUGACCGAAUUGCUCAUACGAGGGAGACAAUGAAUUCUGAUGGUUUAAAUACACUGUCCUACAAGGUGUUAAGAACUGACAAGUACCCUCUAUACACAAAGAUCACAGUGGAUAUUGGCUCCCCCAAGAGCUAACAUCAGAGACACAACAGAGACUUACCUAUACUGCCCAGGAUAUCUGGCCUCACUGAUGCAUUACAUCUGCUGGUUUUGUAACAAUUGCAAUGAACCAAAAAAAAAAGCCUCUUUUGGCAUGCCAAAGUGUCUCCAAAUUGGUUGGACAAGUGCUUUCUUAAAUUUUUUUUUAAUUCCAAACUUGACUUCAUACAACUUUCUAGCUCUCCAUUGUUUUUUAAGUCCAGAAGUUGUACAUAAGAGUUGUAAAUAUUUACUUUGCCAGAAAAUGUUGAAUCGGAUCUAUUUGCUGCAGUACUCCCCAUGCUGAGUUAAUUGCUGGACUCAAAUUUUACUGAUUAUGACUGUGGUGUAUCAACAAUUACUGCCCAUGAUAUUUGGUAUUUUGAAUGAGGUGCGUGAAAACAUUCUUUUUAAUUCAUUCCKGGUUUUACUUUAUGAAGGACUAUAAAAAGCUGCUAAAAUUGUACAAGUUUACGUUUAGAUUUUUUAAUGGAGACAGCAUAAUACAACUUUUUUCUCAUAGUGACCAAAACAAACAUCUCCUCUGUGUGCAGAGCAGGUGUUGAACAAUCAAGUCUGGAUUCAAUGAAUGUCGUUUUCUUUUUUAGUCUGAAAGGAGGCUUUGAGUGAAUUGAGACAGUUUGCCAGAAUUUGUGGGUGAGCUCCCUCCCUACAUAGGGURAGAGCUACACAGAUGGCACCUCUAAAAACCGCUGGCUUCAGAUAACCUUACUUAUGGGUAUGAUAGAGAUUAUUUGCUUCAGCACAACACCACUUGGGAUGUUUUAAAGGGGGGUUGGGAAGUGUAGAGAGGGGUAGGUUUGUGGUGUUGGAUGGAUUUUUAUCCUGAAAUAAAGAUUAAUUUAAUUGCACAAUUAAAUUAUGGCCUUAAAACUUCCUAACACUUGUUAGCAGUGGUAGGAAGUUACCAUGCUAUUUAAACAUUGUCUGAAGCUUCUUAAAACCAGAAUUUUCUCUUGCAAAGUUGUGCAUAAAACUUGAAAACUUUUAUUACUUUUGUUGCUUUAACAUUUAAUAACUUUUAAAAGUAAUUUGUAUAUCAUAAGCAGUAUAUUUAAUAYCAAAUUAAACGAGGGUGCAGCAUAAUAGGAUAUGAUUCAAAGCCUCCUUUAUCUUUAGACUAGUAGGCUUUUUAUGUGCGUCAUUAUAUAUAAGCCAUGUAUUUUGUUUGCUCUGCGUUAUUUGUCCAUUAAAUCUCCUGCGGUGCUGAGAUAUUCACAGCAGGGCCGACAUCCAAAUGAUUUUUCUUUUCCUAAAGCCUAUUUGCAGUGUGUGUCCUCUAUCUGGAACCUCCCUUCUGAUUGUCUCAGGCUUGAGGGGCACRCACAUUCUGCAGUACUAUUUUCUGUCAGUGCACCAGGGCACCACCUGUACAGACGCUGCUUUUCCUCCCCUGUGUAUGAAAGCCUCAAGUGCUGACACCCAGGGAGCUGGUUUAAGUGAUUUAAAAGCUCUUAGCCAGAACUGAGAACUGAAUUCCUUCUGGUGASUAUUUUGCCAGCCAGCUCUGACCACAGCAAUUUGCACUUCCUUAGCCUGUGCUGAAGACUGUUCAAAUCAGGGACACUUGUUGUAUUGGGGAUCAUCUUCAGCACUGCCUUUUUUUUUUUUCAUUGUUUGGUUUAGUUUGGUUUUUUAUUGCAUUUUUUGAGACCUGAGGGGUUUGCUGAACCCUUGCACUGCAGGGGUGGGAUCCUGCAGGGACCAGGGUACAGUGCAUUUCUUUGUAGGACAGCAGUAGCUCAAAGGAUGCUUAGAGACUUUAAUUACUAGAUGCCUUUUUAGUCUCACUUUGGAAAAGUCUUCGCCUCCUUUAGUUCAAAGCUCUUUCUGGCUAGACUUGCUGCUCCAGUCAUGCUGGGAGCUGUGCAAAGAUGGGCUUGCAUGGAGCAGGAGCAAAGUGCAAGGAAGAAGGCUUGUGGUUAAGAGCUUAUCCCUUGUGCUUAUAAUU